GAAAAUACGAGGCAUACGAAACUGCACGAGCGGUUGCAUCAUCCCCUUAUUGUACGCUCGAGCAAUUUAAUAGAGAAGAAACUGCGCCUGUGCCAAGGGCCCGUUACCAAUGGCGUGGUCGGUGUCGGAAUGGACAUGCGCAGUGGAUGGAAGUUGCCGGUAAGAUAGACUACAGCUCGCGAGCCGGUAGAAAAGCGCGUGGGAUUUAGCGCUAGUCGUCACGCUAGUCGUAGGGCCUCACCGAAAGAGAAUUAUGGCGCAAAAUUCCCAAUACGAUGAAGUUCCUCAGCAGGAAUUAAAGAAGUUGUCGCCCAGGCAACAGGAAGAUGGCGUGGCACAGAAGAUCAAGCCGGAAUCGGAUGUGAUAUGCCUGCAACCGAAAAUGGGACUGCUGAAUGGCAUAACGGUCAUCGUGGGUAGUAUUAUCGGUUCUGGUAUAUUCGUGUCGCCCAAAGGUGUGCUGUUGGGUACGGGCAGCGUGGGCAUGUCCCUGGUGGUCUGGAUGGUUUCCGGUGUCUUCUCCAUGAUCGGCGCCUACUGUUACGCCGAAUUGGGUUGCAUGAUCACCAAAACCGGCGCCGAUUAUGCCUACAUCAUGGAGGCUUUCGGGCCCUUCGUGGCUUUCCUUCGUCUGUGGGUGGAAUGCAUGAUCGUCAGGCCCUGCUCGCAGGCCAUCGUCGCCCUCACCUUCUCCUUCUACGUUCUCAGGCCCAUCUUUCCCGAUUGCGAGCCUCCGGACGAAGCCAUCAGGUUCUUAGCCUGCAUAUGCAUCUGUCUUCUAACUUUCGUCAAUUGUUGGGACGUCAAAUGGGCCACAAGAGUCCAAGACAUAUUCACUUACGGAAAAUUGGGCGCUCUAGUUAUGAUCAUAGUAACCGGCCUGGUCAUGCUGGGGAAGGGAAACGUCGGACACUUCAAUUUCGACGACACGGAGUCGGACAUUACGAAGAUAGCCCUGUCGUUCUAUUCUGGAUUGUUUGCUUAUAACGGAUGGAAUUAUUUGAACUUUGUAAUUGAAGAAUUAAAAGAUCCUCACAAGAAUUUACCUCGAGCCAUCUUUAUCUCUUGCGUUUUGGUAACAGUUGUUUACACUAUGACUAUAGUUGCAUUCCAUUCCAUUCUCAGUGUGCAAGAAGUUAUGGGUGCAGAAGCUGUAGCUGUUACAUUUGCCGAACGUAUAUACGGAUCAUGGGCAUGGAUUGUACCUGUUUUUGUAGCACUUUCGACCUUUGGUGGUGUAAAUGGCAUCUUAUUCACUUCUUCUAGAUUAUUUUACGCUGGUGCCGAGCAGGGCCAAAUGCCUGAAAUUCUGUCUAUGAUCCAAAUAUCUCAUCUUACUCCUACACCAGCUGUGAUUUUUAUGGCACUGUUGUCGUUAAUAUACUUAUGCUCUAGUGAUAUUUAUGCUCUUAUUAACUACGUGGGUUUUGCAACAUGGUUGGCUAUCGGAUUAGCCGUCGUAACCUUACCGUACUUCCGAUGGAAGCAACCGAACUGGCACAGACCAAUUAAGGUAAAUCUUAUAUUUCCAAUAAUCUACAUUUUAGCAUCUAUAUUCAUUACGGUGGUGCCAAUGAUUGCCGAUCCUGUAGGCACAGGAUUUGGAGUAAUUAUUAUAGCUACUGGUGUGCCUGUGUAUCUUAUAUUCGUAUAUUGGGAAAACAAGCCAAAACCUAUUAGGAAUGCCAUCAGAGCAACUACGCAGUUUCUACAGAAAAUUAUGGUAGUGAUUCCUGCAGAGAAACCCGAAGAUCUCUGAAGAACUAUUAUAAAAGCCUCUAAAAAGUUGUUGUUGAAUCUCGUCCAAAUCCAAGGACAUUUUUUUUCAAACAAUUUAUUUUCAGAAUUUCAGCAUUUUUGGGUUUAUCAUCACAUUAUUCAUUGGUUUCAUACAAAAAUUUUAUCACUUAUUUAAUGGUUUUUGAAUAUAUAUAUAUUUUUUCUCUUCUUUUUGAUUGCUAUACUGUGGUAAUUCUGACAAAUUUUCGUCAGUUUAAUGGAAAAAAAAACAAAUCUAUCUAAAAUAUAUUCUUUAGCUGUUCAUUAUCAAAUGUAUUGUUAUAGUGUGUCAACAUAUCUAUAGACUGCAAUAAUUAUUGAAAACGCAGAUAGCCUGCGAGUUGAUAAUUGACCGAGGACCAAAGUAAAGUAACUUGUUGGACACGUUGCUAUUGGUCGUUUGUUGUUUCAGAUUAUUUCUAUAUUACUCGAAUGAUAUUUUUAUCUAUUGCAUUGUUGAAUAAUUGUAUAGUUUCUUAUACUAAUUUUUGUUAUAUCGACGUAAUCGGAUGUCGAUUAGAUUUUAGGAAGCGCUUACAUUCUUUGUAAUAUAGCUUCCUUACAUAAAAUAUAGCUCAAACAUAAUUAAUUCUAGCUCAAUGUUAAGAAUAAGAAUAAGAGACGUAUUCCAAUGUAUUACACAUUCCUAAUAAUUAAGUUUAAUUGUUAUUUAAACGAGGUUGCAAUAUGCCCGAGAAUCUUUGUGAUCGUACGCUUAACUUACGUUAAAGACACUUUCCGUCGUACUUUUUAUUGAGGUAUUCGAGAUCUUUGGCUCGAUGAUUUAAGCAUUUUUAAACGGUGCUGUUUUAAUUAUCUGUCGUUCAAUGAGAUUACCGAGAAAGAUUCGAGACUGAAUUAAAUCUAUUUAGGAUAGACGAUCAUAGUGGAUCUUGAAUGUAAAAACUAUAUACCAUAUAUGUAUUAACAUCAGUAUUGUAUGUGUUAAUGUUUAUGUGAUGAUAUAUUCAUUGAUUGGUUGGUUAGGGAGGCAUAAGACCGACACCGAAUAAGUUUUUAUUUAUUUAAUUUCCUUUCCGAAAGUUGGAAAACUCGCAUUCAAAUGGAAGUUUUCGAUUUUACUCCAAACACCAUCUAUUUGAGUUGGGAAAUCAUCGUUAUUACAUCUAUAUCAUCAUCAUCAUGACAUUUUUAAAUCAUUAAUACUAUUAAACAAUUUUUGUUAAAUUAUUUUUUAAUUGAUCUACUUUGAUCGAUAAAUGAUAAAAUAUAUAAAAUCAAAGCUUGUAUUAUACUUGGAAGCACAAUUGUUAAACUGCAUUUUUAGAGAAUCAAACUCUUUUAUAGUAUUAAAUAUAAUACGGCAACAAAAUACGUGAUGAGAACUUCCAAUGAUUGUGCCUUUUCACGAGAUCAAAUAUUCGUUUCGUAGAGUUUGGUAAAAUAUUGUUAAAAGAAAAUAUAAUAUUCUAAUUAUUGCACCAAGAGCCUCCCUGUCCAUCUGACCAAAUGCCUAACAUGGACAAGUUAAAAUCUUGAUGAUGCCUUAGUUGACUAUGGUUUCUGCUAAUUAUUAAAAGGUUAAAAAGUUUAAAACAACAUAUAUAUUGUCAAUGGAAACAUAUUUUGUGCAGCUGUAUUGUUUCUGUAGAAUCAUAAAAUAAAAAAGUAAACAUGUUGUUUUAUA